ACUAUGCUUUGGCUAUCAUUAGGAUCAUGCUGUUCAAAAAUAGCCUGGUAGUGGCUUUACAAAUAUUGUAGCAUCUAGCUUUAGAGGACUGAUGCUUAGUCAAAAAUUCCUUCCUUUCUCAUUUUUGCCUCCUGAAGCCCUCGGGGGGAGGAGGAGAGCACACCGCAGCAGCUGCAGCGCCUCGCCUGUGGGGCAGCAGCCGCAGCCCGCAGGACUCGGCCAUGGCCCGGCCUCCCCUCGUGAGGAACGGGGCGAGAAGAUGGUGCCGGGACGCCUCAGGGCUGCCUGCUGAGCCCGAUGGCGGGGGCCACCUCUAAACCUCUUCGCCAGGGGACGCGGCCCGGUGCCCGGCAGCGGGCGGCACAGAGCCGCGGCCGCAGCCCCUCCCGCCGCGCCCUCCGCCCGCGCCGGGCGGGAUGCGGGGCGCUCGCAAGCGGCUGUGCUCCGCCUUGCUCCUCGCCUACGGCCUCUUCUCCCUCUACGCGGCCUACACCGUCUUCCUCCGGCCCCGCCGCACGGCCGCCGUCCGCCCGCCGCACAGGGACCGCCGCGGCCCGCGAGAUAUAGAUCAUGUUUCUUUGGGAAACGAAGAGUGGAAUCCCUGGGAAGCUGAUGAGAAAAAUGAACAGAUUGCUUCUCAACAGAGAUACGAAAAUAAUAUUAAGAUGAUAAAAAAUGCAAGAUCUCACCUAGAACAAACCAAUCUUAGAGUGCAGAUUUGGGGAAAAGCAGCAAUUGGUCUUUACCUUUGGCAACAUAUUUUUGAAGGGCAUCUUGAGCCAGCUGAUGUGACUGCACCAUGGAGACAAGGAAGCCAAAAGGCAGGAAAAACAUACUUCAGCUUCAUCACUGGUCCGUCUGUAGUUCCUGGCUACUUCUCAGUUGAAGCUGAAAAUGUUGUGCUAGUUCUGAAUGGAAGAGAAAAAGCAAAGAUCACUUACGCCACUCAGUGGUUGCAUUACGCGCAAACGUUAAUCCAGACUCACAAGAUACAGCAUGUAGCUGUUGUGCUGCUUGGAAAUGAGCAGUGCAACAAUGAAUGGAUUCAACCAUACCUGAAAAGACACGGAGGAUUUGUAAAUCUGCUCUUUGUAACAUAUGACUAUACAUUGGUAAAUGAAGAAGAUAUUUUCCAGUGGCCUUUAGGAGUAGCUACCUACAGAAAUUUUCCGGUUGUAGAACCCAGCUGGUCAAUGCUACACGAUCCAAGGUCAUAUCUAUGUAAUUUCCUAGGAACAGUUUAUAAGAACUCUUCGAGGGAAACUCUAAUGGAAAUACUGAAGCAGGAUGGACUUGAUAAGCUUUGCUGGAUUGCAGCCAGAGAACAGUGGCAGCCUCAAGAAACAAAUGAAAGUUUCAAAAACUAUCAGGAUGCCUUGCUGCAGAGUGAUCUGACGUUGUGCCCAGUGGGAAUAAAUACAGAAUGCUAUAGGAUUUACGAAGCUUGUUCGUAUGGAUCCCUGCCUGUUAUAGAAGAUGUAAUGACACCUGGUGAUUGCGGAAAUUCAUCAAUGUACCACAGUGCUCCAUUACAAUUAUUAAAAACCAUGGGGGCUCCAUUUAUCUUUAUUAAAAACUGGAAAGAGCUUCCUGCUGUUCUAGAAAAAGAAAAAAAAAUGAGCUUACAAGAAAAGAUUCAAAGGAGAAUAAAGCUUAUAGAGUGGUAUCAAAACUUCAAAGCAUGGAUGAGACAGAAAUUCAUUAAUACUUUGGAAAAUUCAUUUCUGCCCAGUGAUAAAGGAUAAAAUUCCCUUUUAAAAAUCUAGAACAGAUUGAAAGCUUAAUUUCCAUUAACUUUCUGAGGAAGCUUUUAUUCAAAAAAAGAAACCUCACGAGGCAGGUGCAUUCCUUUUGAAGUCAACAGAGUUGGGCUAGCUUAGCCCGGAGCUAUGUUUGGCCCUCCAUCCGUAACAAUUUCCAGAGAGAAUGUUAAUGUAGAGGGAUGGUAGCCUGUAAGGGUGGCAGCAAUUGUAUGUCUAUUUUUACAAUUUCUGUGCUGAUGUGUAACGUGGUAAAUUUCUUUAGGAAAAUAUCUUUGAGCAUGUGAACUUGUUAAAAAUCCAACGUGAGAACAACAGUUGUUUCUGAGGAAAAGAUAAGAAGGAAAGCUGUGUUGAACAGAAUAAUGUAUUACGAAUGCUGAAAAAAACGUAUUGUUAUAACAAAAUUACCAGGUUUAGCACAAUCAGUAAGGUAUCUUCUGGUAGGUGUUGGUUUUGAAAAUGUGAACUGUUUACUUAAUUGACAUGUUUCAUUUCCAAGAAAGUGGUCAUAAAGCUAAUUAAACACUGUGGAAUAAAAAUGUAUAUUUCAAGGUAAAA